AUGGCCGCAACACCUGCGGGACUGCCUAAGGCAGUCGCUAUUCCUACGAGAAUCCUUAUUAGGUCAUCGCGGCCAACUGCUGGCAAGUGUCCUAGCUUCUGUCAACAAGUCAACAGUCGUUUGUUUUAUGACCAUCGGUAUUCGUCGCCUCCUGGUCGGUCUCACAAUGCUCUUCCUCCAAGAAAAGAGCCUCUCCCUUGGGGCGCUAGGGAAUUCCAUGCCUCCUCCGCACAACAAGCAAUGAAAGAUCCCUACAAAGUCCUCGGAGUCGACAAGAACGCUUCCGCAGCUGAUAUUAAGAAAGCGUACUACGGAAUGGCCAAGAAAUUUCACCCCGAUACGAACAAGGAACCUGGCGCCAAGGACAAAUUUGCGGAAGCACAAUCUGCCUAUGAACUACUUUCUGAUGCGAAAAAGAAGGAAGCAUACGAUAGAUAUGGUUCAGGAGCAUUUGACCAGAAUGGAGGAUUCGAUCCGAACGCUGGUGCAAAUCCGUUUUCCGGAGCCGGGGGUUUCCAUGGUUUUGGCGGUGCUGGCUUUGGCAGUAGUGGUUUUGGGAGUGGUGGCUUUGGUGGUGGGUUCUCUGGGGACAUCAAUUUUGAAGAUCUUUUCGGUGCGUUUACCGGAGGUGCUGGGCGCGCGGGGAGACGACGCGCGUCACCACACGAGUCAAUACUAGUGGGAGAAGAUAUCGAAGUCCAGACAAACAUAUCUUUUAUGGAAGCUGCAAAAGGAACCGGCAAGGAUAUCUUCAUUACGCCACUUGUUGAAUGUCAGACUUGUACAGGAAGUGGUCUCAAAAAAGGCGCCAAACGAUCUCAGUGCAAGUCGUGCAAUGGAUCCGGCACUCGGGUUCAUUUCAUGCAAGGAGGAUUUCAACUGGCUAGCACUUGCGAUGUUUGCAAUGGGUCUGGAAUGGUUACUCCUCGUGGCUCUGACUGUGGCACUUGCAGUGGGCAGGGAGUGGUUAGGGAUCGACGGACUGUCCAUGUUGAUAUCCCUGGAGGAGUGGAGGAUGGUAUGAGGAUCCGGGUUGCUGCGGAAGGUGACUCUCCUCCAACAGGUGGCGCCAACGCCGGCACACGAACACAGCGUGGUGAUCUAUACGUUUCGAUCCGUGUUGCGCCCGACCAUCGCUUCAGUCGUUCCGGUUCUGAUAUUCUCUAUACCGCCUCACUACCAUUGACUACUGCUCUGCUUGGUGGGGAGGUUACGGUGCCGACACUCGACGGAGAAGUGAAAGUCAAGGUCGCCACUGGUACGGGCACUGGUGAUCGUAUCACGCUUUCAGGAAUGGGUAUGCGCAAGCUUGGAGGUCGCGGCCGCAGCUUUAGUCCCACCGGAGACCUCCGGGUGGAGUUCAAGGUUCAGAUGCCAAAGUACCUGAAUGAAAAUCAACGAACAAUUUUGGAAGUGCUGGCAGAUGAGAUGGGGGAUAAGACUGCUAAGCGUAUUAUGAAUGUUGGAAAGGACAGUGGCACUCCUCCCAGCUCCGGUGCCAGUAGGUCAACAGAAGAUUCGCACAAGAAUGAGGGUUUCCUCAAAUCCGCAUGGCACCGUCUCACUAAUCAGCACAAAUCGUCUGAGUCCAAGGCCACCGACGCAUCGAAGAAUGACGCCUCAAAGAAGGAAACCGACGACCCCAAGAAACCUUCGGAAUCGAGCUAA